AUGCAAGCCAUAGUCUGUUCAUAUCCUUCCACAGCAAAUGUGCUAGCAAAAUUUUUAUCAUCAGUAGAACUACUCUGGGCAUCACUAAUAUACUUUCUGAAGGCUGAAAUACACGGUCAGUUUAAAAUGACUGGUGUUUUUCGUCAUUUUAAAGAUUUACCAAAUGCAAUGAAUGCUGCUGAAGUAACUGAUAAGUUGGGGCUUCACAAUAUACGAAACCGAAGUUGGUACAUCCAAGCAACUUGUGCUACAAGCGGAGAUGGUCUAUAUGAAGGACUUGACUGGCUUUCAAAUGAACUAGAGAAGAGAAAGAACUAA